UACCGUUGCAGCAGCAACGACGAACACAGUGGGUGAGAGAACCAAUCAAAACACUGCGUUUUUGCGCAUUUGCAAUAUAUUCAUAUACAACAACUGUGCCGCUUGCCUAGCAUAAUGUCUAGGGUUUAUUUACUGCCGGUGGCAGUCUUUCUAAUAUUCCAGGUGACAUUCCUGGGCACUUAUAUUGUGGCUGUGCUCGAAGGACAUGUGGUGCCCACAGUGCCGUACAUCAGUGAUGCAGCCACCUAUUCGCCUGAAAGCUGCAUAUUUGGUCAAUUAAUUAACAUCGGCAGUGUGCUAUUGGGAAUCACCAUUUAUAUACGCUAUCGCCAUGUGCUGCAAUUGUGCGAACACAAUCCAGAACUGGGCAGCGUCGUGCUCCGUCACAAUCGCUGGGCCUUGUGGUUCGGCAUGUUGUCCUGCCUGGGCAUCAGUUUCGUGGGCAACUUUCAGGAGACGAAUGUGCGGAUUGUGCACUUCAUUGGGGCCUUCUGCUGCUUUGGCUGUGGCACGCUCUACUUCUGGAUGCAGGCCCUCAUCACAUACAUGAUUGUACCCAUGGCGGGCACUCGUCUGUCCGCCCAUCUUCGACUGGGAAUGUCCGUUUGUUGCACCAUCCUGUUCAUCAUGCUGGCGGUGACUGGAGUGAUGUCGCACAUUCUCUUCAAUGGACAAAAUCCACGCCAAUGGUAUCCUUCGGAUGGCGGCUGGUAUUAUCAUGUGAUUAGCUCCAUUUCGGAAUGGAUUAUUGCCACGAUCUUUAGCUUUUUCAUAUUGAGUUUCACGCCCGAGUUUCGUGAUGUUUCGCUGGAUCAUCCGCAGAUCUCGCUGCUAUCAUACUCAAUGACUGUAUAGAAAUCUAUGUGAUGAUGAUAAUUAUGAACACUAUAUAAAGUUCUUCAAUGUCGAUAUGGAUUGCCAUUAAGCUUUGCUGCACUCCAAAAAAAAAAAAGAAGAAAAAUUACAAUACAAAAAAAAAAAAACAGAA